GAGCGGCCCGCCCGGCGGCAGGGGCCCGCGGCGGCAGGGCCCUCGCCGCGGGCCCCCCUCCUGGCCAUGGAGGCGGCCGCGGCGGCGGCCUCCGCGGGCGCCGGCUGCGCCGCCGCCGCCAUCAAGGAGGAGGACGAGGAGGCGGAGGCUGCGGCUGCGCAGGCGCAGGACGAGGACGCGCAGGCGCCGGGAGGACGAGGGCGAGGAGGCGCGGGCGCCGGGAGCGGCGGCGCCGCCGCCGCCCUCAAGGAGGAGGCGGAGGCGGCGGAGGCGCCGACGCAGAGCGAGGAGGAGGCCCCGCUGUCGCCGGACCUCGCCGGCUGCCCCGUCGCCGCCCUCCGCAGGGGGUGCUCCGCGCCCUCGCCGGGCUCCGCCGGCCGCGCCGUCGAGGAGCCCGAGCCGUCCCCCGGCUCCGCCGGCCGCGCCGCGGUCCGCCGCCGCCGCCGCCGCAGCGGCGCUGUGCCGGCCCAGGGCGCCGCCGGCAGCGCCGUCGUGGCCGUGGCGCCCGGGGAGGAGGUGGUCGCCGCAGAGGCCGCGGCUGUCAACGUCGCCAUCGCCCCUGCCUGCGCGCCGCCGCGGCGGCCCAAGAAUCCGCGCGAGGUGCAGGUGUGCCUCAACGCGUCUGACCGCGCGCAGGGAGCGGUGCGCUCCAUCACGCCGUGGGACC